CAUGCACCGGACAUAAACAAGUUCACGUCGGCGCCGUGCACGUCCUGUCAUUUUUGUUCCCUUUUCAUUUCGUUAUUUUCAGUAUCUUUCCUUUCAAAAUGACGGCUGCCAUUGGAACUUCAAGGGAAAUCAAGAAUAAAGAAACAGGACUGGACAUCUUUGUGCCAGAGUAUCGCGAAGUCAGCGGCAUGUUGACGAGCUACGAAGAAUACCACGUCAUUGUCAUCACUAACUUGGCGUACUUCAAAACAAUCAGAAAUAAAGCUGAUGACAAUGUACAGUUCAUGGUUGUGAAACGAUACGGCGAUUUCGAGGCACUGCACAAGGCUCUGAGUGAGCGCUUUCCAGCGACGAUCUUGCCUGAUCUGCCACGCAAAGUUUUUAUGAUGAAGGACAGCAAGCCUCAGGAGCGGAGACAAUGCUUCGAUAAUAUCAUGCGCUUCAUUGCCACGAGUACUAAAGUCUGCUGUAGUAAUCUGGUUCUGACAUUCCUUGGAGUUAAGCUGGAGAGGAUUCACCAGAUUGAAGAAGGAAAGGAUGAGAAUGACACCAAAGAUGAGUCUGCAGACAAUAAGGAGUUGCCACCAGGACCGGUCAAAAGAAGAAGUAAAAUGCUCAGUUCAGGGAGCCAGCAAUCAAGCUUAUUCAGUGAUGAACCAGAAGACGAGUUUGAUUUCUUCCAAGAGGACCCUAAUGCCAAGGGAUUAAAUUCGGAGGACGUCGAGGAUGACUUGUUCACCACAAACUCUGUCACGACGUCUAGUGGAGCAGCUAAAAAAGGUAAGUGACGUGACGAUGCAAGU